GUCACUCACAGUUUACCUGUCAGCUACAGGCCGGUCAGCGUCUCUGAGCUUCUCUCUCAGCAGCACCUGGCCUGCGUCAGUAACCUGUCCUGGAGCACCAAUCAGCAGCGAGCGUGGGCGAGGGAGGCGGAGCUUGCGUUGCCGGGUAACAGCGCCCUGCCGCGGGUCAACCUGCUGCUGAUUGGCUGUCUGACGGAGGGGCGGGGCGGGGAGCUGCGGCUGACGGACAGCAGCGGCAGCGUGCGCUGUGAGGACCUGUCUGUCUCUCCUGGCCGCCUACAGCUGCCUGUCUUACUGCCUCACUGGAACUACAUCCCCCAUAAUGCCCCGGGGCAGCAGGCCGGAGGAUGGGUGGAGCUGAUUGGCUCUCCCGUCCUGCUGCUGCCCGGUCCUGAGCAGGGAUUGGCUCCUGCUCCUGGAGGGGCGGGGCUUAGUGGAGCGGUCGGAGUCAGAGAAGCGGCUGAUUGGUUACAGCACAGGGCUCGUGGACAGAGGCUGGCAGUCUAUGGUGAGGUGGGGUCAGUCUGCCCUCUGCUGGUCGUUGGAGGAACUUCGUUCUUCUGCUUCAGUCUGAGAGACGAAUCACACACUCUACCUGUGCUGGUUAAGGACAGCAGCAGGCUGUGGAUGUCUCGGUGUGUGUGUGUCGGUGCGCGUGUGUGUGUGACGGCUCUGCGUGUGUGUGUCCUGCGAGGCUGGAGAGGAAACAACAUCCUGUGUGUGAGCGAGCACUCUGAGAUACACACACACACACAGGAGCACACACACACACCUGCGGACACGCCCCCAGCUGUGAUGAUGUCACACUCUGAUGAAAAGGAGGAGGCGGAGCCUGAGACAGACUCCGUCCAAUCAGCUGUCAGGAUGAAGGAGUCCAGGGUCAUCAGUUACCAGGGCACUGUGACUGAGGUGGUGAGUGAGGGGGCGGGGCUGUACAUGAUUGACAGGACGGUUGGUCUGUGCCUGGCCUAUCAGCCGACGCUGAGCAGGAAGCUGAGAGCAGGAGACUCUGUGGAGCUCCAUCACGUGCACUUCCUGUACCGGCCCUGUCCUGACUUUCCUCCCAGCAUGCUUUGCACCUGUCUACGGUCCACCCUGAGGGUCACCGCCUUCAGCAGGGUGGGGGGGUCUCCGCCCGACUACAGCUGCCCCGGAGACGGAGCGUUACCACGGUUACUGCUGGAGAGGAACACGGGCGUGUCCGAGUACCUGUGGAGCUGCCACCUGAGCUCCCAGCUCACACACAGUCUGCUCCCCAGCGUCGUGAAGCAGCAGUGUGUGUGUGCGUUGUCAUGGAAACUGAUGGAGCUCGUGUGGAGGCAAGGACAGCGACGACGACGGGACAUCUACUCGGAGAUGCUGGACGAGCCGCACAGCUGUCCUCUGACAAAGUACCGGUUGGACCCAGCAGUACAUCAGUACCUCAGUGUCUCGGAGCUCAGUGAGUCUCUGCAGUCAGCCUGUUGGUCUUCAGUGUCUCUGAAGUCUCUGCUGCCCCCCGGUGGAUCCGACCUGACCAGCACCCAGAUCAACUCCGCCCUGGCCUGGUCCUGCAGGGUCCUGACCUCUGACCCCCAGCAUGGGGAGGCUCUCAGACGGCGCCCCCUGCUGCUGGUCGGUGUGUUGGAGCUUCCAUCACAGACGUCUGAACACGUUCUGCAGCUCAGAGACGCCACGGCAACGGUAGCGUGCGUCGUCACGGAAACCAGCGAGGAUGAGGAGGGAGGGCAGAGGGCGGCCUUCAACACUGCCUGGAUCGGUUGUCUGGUGUGUGUGCAGCACUUCACCAUGGUAACAGAGAGGUUCCUCCAAUCAGAUUUCCCCUCCUACCAACACCUGGAGCAGGACCGGUUCAUCUCACACAGACAGUACAGAGUCUACCUGCAGUUUUCUCUGGACCACGUCCACAUCCUGAGUCCAUCUGUUGCCAUGGUAAUACACCUGAGACAGAGGGGGGCGGAGCCAGCAGGUGACAUCACAGCGAAGAAAUGUAGAGGAAAAGAAGAAGAAGAAGAGAGGGGCGGAGGUCAGACUGCAGGGAGGAAGAGAAGAAGAGAGGAAGAGGAGAAACCAGCCUCUUCCUCUGUUACCAUGACGACCGCCUCCACCUCCCAUCCCUGCGUCUCCAUGGUGAUCCGGGUGGAGCAGAAAGAGGGCGUGGCCUGGAGGAACACGGGGGCGGGGUUAAAUGGAGAAGAGGCGGGGCUUGUGCUGUGUUUCUCUGUUAGAGCUGCUGUGAUUGGUCCAGUGGUCAGCUGGGGGCGGGACCCAAAGAACAGACCAAUGACAGACAGGGAGGCGGAGACAGAGAGGGACGACAAGGUGGUGUUGGUCCUAUCAGCUGCUUCCUGUCGCUGGUUUCCUCUCCUUCAGUCCGGAUGUUUCUACAGACUCAUCGCUGCCAACACACAGGAUCCCAGCGUUCUGAUUGGCUGUGGGGUUUCUGGGCGGAGCCACGUGGAGCAGCACACUGACUCCACCCUAAAGGUCCGAUCUGAUUGGAGGUUCCACACGUUGACCCGCCCCCUGCUGCUGAGCACCUGCAGACAGCCUCUCUCAGCUCCGGUCCUGUCCGUGUCUCAGCUUCUAGACUGCAGCUCAGCAGAGUUGGUGUGUUUUCAGGGUUUGGUGUCUGACAGGAUCAGUCUGACUGACAAGACGAGUACAUCUGGACACACACACACAGGUGUGCGUCUCACAGUGUGUGACCAAAGUGGGAGGAGUCUCCAAGUGUACCUAGACUUGAGCCACACCCCCUUCCCACCUGGCCUGUUGCCUGGCAACCAACUGCUGCUGUCUGCUUUCCAGAGGAAACUGUCCAGGUCAGGAAGUGUGUACUGCAGGUAUUUACCUGUCAGCUCAGUGACCGUCAUCACUCUGGGAGAUAAAAGCUCCCCUCAGCCUCCUCCAGCUCCCAUGAUGCAUCUGGGUCGAUGGGCUCUCAGCAGGGGGAACAGGUUCACUGUCGCUCAGGUCAAAGUUCACUUGGUGUGUUUCCUGUUUCUGCAGCUGCAGUGGAGCUGUUCACUGUGUGGCAGCGUCUACACACAGUCUCGUUGCAGCUCUCGGUGCUCGUCGACCUCGUCGGUGUUUCAGUCCAAAGCAAAGCUGGUGAUGGAUGACGGGACAGGUGAGGCUCACGUCUGGUUCUCAGGUGCUCUGGUUCGUCCUCUGCUGGGAUUGGCUGACGGUCAGUGGGCGGGGCUUCAGAGAGCACUAAAGGUCAGAGGUCACAUCGAAGUGUCUCCCCGAGGGCCGAGCGCGGUGUGUGACUCUGAUGACUCCCUCCUACUCUACCUGCUGUGUGUGUGUAACAGUGCUGCUGUGUGCCGCUCGCUGUCUCUCACCUGCAGGAAACACACCAAUCAGAGAGCAGAAGAGAUGAAGAGAUUCAGUCGAGGAGAUCGAGACUUCAUGACCAGGAUGAGUCGUCCUCUACAGCUCACCUGUCUGCACAUCAACCCAGACUGACCCCACCUGUCCUCACCUCACCUGACCUCAC